AUGGCAGUGAUGGCCCUGAGCUUUAUCGUGGUCGAAAACGACAAGCUGAUAGCCAGCCCCAUCACCCUGCAGCUGGCUGAGGCGCUCCUGCCACUCUUUGACCACGAUACUAGCCAGGUGCAGCAGGUGUCCAUACUGCUCUUCCAAGCGCUGGUCACUCUUCUGCUAGAAAAAGAAGAAAAGGCUCUGAAGACCCAAGUGCAGCAGAGCCUACUCCCACUCUUCAUCCACUGCCAUGAUAAGAAUCGGCCUGUGGCCCUGCCCAGUGCUGCACGCAGCGGCCGCACGGGCUCUUCUCCAGGCUCCUGCGGCCCCGAGCCGGGGGCCCACGGAGCCCCGGCCCAGCGGGGCUGCGGGGCGGGGCGGCACCGCGGCUCCCCGGGCACAGCCGGCCCUGUGCCCCUGCAGAGCCCGGCCCAGCGGCUGCUGGCCGCGCCUCAGCGCUGUGCGGGCAGGGGAGGCCGGGGCCGGGCGCGGGCAGCGCCUGGCAAAGGGGCAGAGCCCGCCCCGAGCCUUCCCUCCCGCCGCUCUCCGCAGCUGGCAGAGGACAGGAGCCGAGCGGCCGAGCACCUGCGCCAGGCCCUGCCGUACCUGCGGAGCCCACAGGAGCCCCUGCGAGACGCGGCCAUCAGGUUCAUCGGUGAGCCCGGGCUCCCUCCCCGCCCCGCCGCAGCUCGGCCCCAGCCCCGCCUGCUGCCCCGGCAGCUUCUGCCAUCCGGGCCCGGCGCCGUGGAGCCCCGGCUGCCCUCGGGGCUGCUGCCGCCCUCUCGCAGCCGUGCCUUGGGCGGCAGCAUGCGGCAAGGGCCCGGGCUGAGCCCUGCCGGCCACGAGGGCGAGUGGCCACAGGGCUGGCAGCGCCGCUGGCAGGGAGCUGUGCCGCUGGGCAGAGCCGUGACAAGGUCUGUGUUCCCAGGGAUGGCCGGGUGGUGCCUGAGAGGGCAGGAGGAAGAGCUGCAGAUCAUCUGUGAGGCCCUUGAAUACAUGGGAGAUGACAGCAGCCCUGCCAGUUACAAACCUUCCUGCUGAAACAGCGUCCAUACAGGGGCUUCCUACUCCUCAUAUUGAAAGCUGCAAGAUCGAUAACGUGGGGCGUGCAUGAGAUGGCAUCAUCUGUGCGGCAGUGCCUGGCUGUGUUGUGGGAGCUCUGCCAAGAGCUGAUCUUGUAGGCUUUGCCUGCUGGGGCCACCUGAAACAGCGAGGCAGCUGGAUUUUUCUUUUCUUUAUGUUUGUUCUCCUUUUUGUUUUACUUAUUAUAGGAAUAUAGGAUGUGUUGCAGU